AUGCCUUACCCGUACAAGAACGAAAUCACCGGCACCGAGCUGGUCGCCGAAUACGCCCCCUUAAUCAAGGGCAAGACCAUCCUGACCACCGGCGUCUCGCCCAACAGCCUCGGCGCCCACUACGUCGAGACCAUCGCCGCCGGACAGCCCAAGCUCCUGAUUCUCGCCGGCCGAGACCUGACGAAAGUAAAUCAGACGGCCGAGAAGGUCAACAAGGCGCACCCCGAUGUCCAGACAAGAGUGGUCCAACUCGACCUCAACUCCUUUGCUGCCGUGCGAAAAGCCGCUGCCGAGGUCAACUCUUGGGACGACGUGCCCGCCAUCGACGUGCUGAUGAACAACGCCGGCAUCAUGGCGGUGCCGUACAAGAUCUGCGAGGACGGAUACGAAAGCCAUCUCACGUGCAACCACUUGAGCCACUUCCUUUUUACCAACUUGAUCUUUGACAAGCUGCUGGCUUCGACUGACAAGCGCGUGGUCAAUGUCAGCAGCGGCGGGCACUGGUUCAGCGCCAUCCGCUACGCCGACCUCAACUAUGAUGGCGGCGAGACGUACGAGAAGUGGAACGCAUAUGGCCAGUCCAAGACGGCCAACGUCCUCUUUUCCCUCGGUCUGGCGAACAAGUUUGGCGACCGCGGCAUGCUGGCGUACAGCUUGAAUCCCGGAUCGAUUCUGACGAACCUUGCGGGACACUUGGACUUUGCCCCUGGAGGAGAUAUCGACAAGCUGGAUCGAGUUUCUCGGUUGACUGCGUCGCCGUUUGGUUGGAUGGAAAAGGAGAUGCUUACGCAUGAUCAAGGGGUGGCCACUCACAUCUUUGCGUCUUUCGAUCCCGUCCUCAAGGACCACAAUGGCAAGUAUCUGCUGGAAAAGGCCCGGGUGGCCGAUUACUAUGUCGACCCGGUCCAUCCUCAUGCCAUUAGCAAUAUCGAGGCGGACAAGCUGUGGGAUCUGAGUGUCAAGGCAGUUGGAUUGUAA